AAUAACAUUGCCUCCUUGGCAAUCGUGAAAUUGCUGAUACCAUCAUUAACACCACUGUAUUCAGAUCUACUACUAUUCAUCAUUAUGGACUGUGACAUGCAAGAGAACAAAAGCCAGCACUCCUGAUUCUCUUCCUACAGUUGUUUUGUAUGCAAAUCCAUCAGGUCACCUGGUCACUCCUAACCCGGCCCCUCCUCUCAGAGAGCGAGUGCUGUAAGAUGAGACAUUGGAGACGCAGGUCGCUUUGUUAUUUACCUUGACAGCAGCCGGAGGUAAAAAUGAAAUAACCUCCACCGUGCUGGUUGUUUCGAGCCUCGGUGAACUUCUGUACCUGCAGCACGAUGGAGAGGGAAACUCAAGGAAAUGCUGCUCAGCCUCCAACAUGUAUUAAUGGCGGUGAGAGGAUUGACCCCUACGGCUUUGAGAGACCUCAUGAUUUUGAAUCCUACAAGGAGAUGAUGGACGAGUACGUGGCUGUCCUCAACAGAAGAUCCCUGAGAUGGUCCAAGCUCCUUCAAGAGAAACCUCACGUGGAGAAGAACCUGACAGUGAAGAGGUACGUGCGUAAAGGAGUUCCCAACGAGCACCGGGCCAAGAUCUGGAUGGCGGCAAGUGGUGCCCAGGAACGACUGGAGAGUAACCCGGGUCAUUACCAGUCCCUGCUGGCCGCGGAGCAUGACCCCAAGCUGAAGGAAACCAUUCAAACAGAUAUUAACAGGACAUUUCCGAACAACGUCCUCUUCCAGAGCAAAGCUGAGCCCGGCCUGCAGAGGGCGCUGUACAACGUGCUGCUGGCGUAUGGACACCAUAAUCAAACAGUGGGGUACUGUCAGGGAAUGAACUUCAUUGUAGGCUACCUCAUCAUCAUCACCAAAGAUGAAGAGAAAUCCUUCUGGCUCAUGGAUGCACUGUUGGGCAGAAUACUUCCAGACUACUACAGCCCGGCCAUGUUGGGGCUGAAGACUGACCAGGAGGUUAUUGAUGAGCUGGUGAAGACAAAGUCUCCUGCAGUCGGACAGCUCAUGGCUCAGUAUCCCGGCAUAUGGACCCUGGUGGUGUCACGCUGGUUCAUCUGCCUCUACAUUGACAUCCUCCCAAUAGAGACAGUUCUACGGAUCUGGGAUUGUCUGUUCUAUGAAGGCUCUAAGGUUCUUUUCCGUGUUGCUCUGACACUCAUCGCUCACCACCAGCCGGAGAUCCUGAGAGCGCGCUCUCUGUGCGACGUGUGCGAGUGCUUCAAACAGAUCACGUGUGGAGCUUUCACGCUGGACUGCCACACCUUCAUGCAGAAAAUAUUUACAGAACCCGGAAGUCUCUCAAUGGCAACUAUUGAGAAACUGAGAGAGAAAUGCAGACAACAAAUCCUGUCGGGGGAAUCGAGACAACCGUAAAGUUUUGGAUCAACUGUUCGUCUGUCGGGAACUUUGUGCUUAUUGGACUCACAUGCCAGGGGACGUAGUGUCGGCUUUAGAUAUGUUGAACUCUAAUCCAGCAGACUGGAUAUCUGCAGAAUGUGCUGAAGCAACGUUUUGAACCUUGAGUUUCGCUGGCCGGUACAGUCUUAUGAAUAUUUUUUGCAGGUAUAGAUACUACUACACCUGAUGCUUUAUGGUAUUGCAAUAACUCAGAGAAAUGCUAGUAUUAGUUUUUAUCAUUGUGGAGAAUAUCAGUUUUUAAGAGAUCACCUUUAGUGCAUGCCUUUUGAAUGGUACCAAAAAAAUCAAAUGUCGUUUUCACCAAUAUUUUACCAUUUGAAGUCAAAUUAAAAGUUAAGAAUUUGAUGUGGUGCUGUCCACAUUUAUAUGAAACAGUUGUACAUGUUUAAUUAUUAACAAGAACACGUUUUUCUUAUUUCCUAAUUGACCUAAAACAUUCCUCCGCCAAACAAAGUUUCGACAAAGUGGACAUUUUAGCGUAACAUGAUCAUCUUAAACAACCGGUUAUUGGGCUGUGCCAAACCUGGGGUUGAAUAAUAAAAAGCAACAUUCCACUUUGAAACUACAAGUGAGAUUUGGACACCAUUUCAAGAGGCAUGAACUUCCAUUCCUUCUCUAUCUACAACCUGGAUAAACUUUAAAUGGGAGCCGGUUUAAUAUAUUUUUAUUGGGGAAACAGACUGUGUUCAAGGACAGGGAAACAUUUGUAAAUUGAGAAAAAUGUCUUCAAAGCUCUGACUUUUGGCAACAAUAACCUGUACAUGAUCAAUUUGGUGAAAUAAAUCAAUUACAAAUAAACAAAUAAAAAUC